CUUAAUAAAAGCUGAGUUGAUAAGAAACUCCAGUUUCCAUUCGUUGUUUGGAACAAAACUCUUGAAACAUCGAGUUUCCAUUACUGCUGCUCAAAAUCGAAUAAUGCUGCAACAUUUUUUAAUGAGAGCUCUGGAAAACUGCUAUCAAACUACAACGGUAAAUUAUUUUUAGUUUGAGUGUAGCUUUUCCACAUAACUGCGUCGCAAAUAUUUGCAUUUUAGCCUAUCUUCAAUUCGACUAUGUAUUCGAUUUCUAAUACAUCGAUUUUAUUCCCCAACACCAAUAGAAAUCAUCUCCGUAGCACUUUCCACUUACGCAAAGAUGAUAGCAGAAUGAAAAGCGGUUGACCUUUAUUUUAAAUUCGCUACUACGUAUGUAAAACCAAAAUUAGCUUCAAUUCCUCACAUAACAUUAUCGCGUACCUACAUAAAGUGUUGUCUCGCGAUGAUUCCUAAUGGGAUUCCCUUGAUUUUAAUCUACACCUGCACCUUAUUUGCUGAACUGUAUUCUUUACUGGCAUGCCAGAGGAUUGAAAAACUGGACCACAAAAGUUACAAUCUACAAAUAAUGGGGAAAUACUUUUUGUUAUUUUUCACUGUGUGGACUAUCAUAAUGCAAAUGACAUUCCUAGGACUGGCAGUGUCCCACGAGGUGUCUGAAGUAUUGAACCUCAGCCUCAGUGUUCGCAAAAAAUUAGGAAGAGCUAGAGCUGUCAUUUUUGACACAUUCACACUGCCUUGUACAAUGUUGACUGUAUCGGUAUUUUGGGUCAUCUGGCACAUAGACAAAGAGUUAAUCUUCCCAUCAGAAUUGAGCAGAGUGUUCCCAGAUUGGUUAAACCACAUGUUGCAUACUUUUAUUGUGGUGCCGGUGGUCGUAGAGAUCCUGGCACCGAAAAAAUACAGUUUUGUCGACUACAAAGUGGCGGCAAGGACAUUGUUCCUAUUCGCUGUGGUAUAUCAAAUAUUGUAAGUAAAAUGAAUUAAAAUCAUUUAUCAUCAACGGUAAAAACAUGCGAGGUCUGUAAAGUGAUGAAACUGGCAACGUAGCGUUCGAUCUGGCAACACUGGAGGCGCCGGGCUGGGGAAACUCUGGAACAUGUGAUCUGCCUUCAAUACACGUUUGAACUCGCUCGAGUCAUUUGGCUGUCCAAAGCGAUUUUUUUAUGAAACAGUUUUUCCUAUUGUUCUAAAAAUGAAAAUUUCGAGCAACGGUAUGCUUCAGAAGGAAGUUAGUUUGGGGUGACAGUAAAAAAAAUUAGUUAUUUUUGAAUAAAACAGUCUCAUUACUCAAUUUACGGAUAUUGUAGAAACAGCAUUGCCAGAUCAACAAUUACGAGUUAAUUAACCAUAACUUGAAAAGCCAAUUCACGGACAACUACUAUUUAACUUAAAAGUUAUAGUCACCAAAGUUGAAAGUUGACCAGCGAUUAAAAAACUGGGCCUAAGCCUGUCACCUGAGAUGUGAUCUCAGCUCUAAAUAACUGCAAAGAAUAUAUGUAUCUUUGAAAAUGAAUGUCUCAUUUCAGAUAUGUCUUCAUCUAUAUUCAACAUGGCGUGUGGCUCUACCCAAUCCACGGUAGAGUAGGAUGGCCACUAAGAAUUAUAUUUUUCAUUGGCAAAAUAUCCAUAUUGAUGAGCUUCCAAUUUAUGGGAAUCAGCCUUCAGCACAGGAAGAAGAAAAUGCUUAAGAGUAAAAAAGUAAAAUGACACCAUUUGUUAUAUUAUUUUGAAUAUGAAUCAUUAUCUGUGACUGUUUAUGUAAAUAAGCUUUGUUAUAAAAGUUUUGACGUUUAUAAAAUGUAGAAAUUUAUUUUUUCUACUGCGUAGUAUAACGAAUAAAACGCAGUGGC